GUCCUUUUUCAGCCUAAACAUCUCUCCGCCUGAUUAGGCCAGGCCCGUGGACAUCCUUCUUCUUCCUCCGGCGGCUAGAUGUCGUCGUCGUCCCAACUACGAAGUUUGCAAUCGUUGUGGUCUCCGGCCAAGAAGUGGAUCGCAUCUUACGGUUCAAUCUUCAACAAUUUUCUGGGUGCAAGAGGAAACCCGUGGGAACUUAAAGAAUCAACAAGACAUGAGCAAGGAGAAGAACUGAGGAUUGAUGAGUCAAUACCAAACAUUGGAGAAAUAGAGAAGAUUAUUGGGUACAAUUUCAAUGAACAGAGUUUACUAUGUCAAGCAUUCACACACUCUUCAUACCAUAAAAAAUGUGAAUCAUAUGAACGUCUUGAGUAUGUGGGGGAUUCGGUACUCAACUUAAUGAUCACUCAACAACAAUUUUUAAUGUACCCAAAUCUUCCACCGGGGAUGUUGUCACCUCUGCGUGCCGCCAAUGUUGACACAGAGAAACUUGCACGCGUUGCUGUGAAACAUAGAUUCCACAAAUUCUUACGUCACAAUAAGCCUGUUUUACAGAAACGAAUCAAUCUUUUUCUCGGCGCUCUUCCAAAGUACCCUUUACACUCACAUGGACUGAUUGCUGCCCCAAAGGUACUUGCUGAUGUUGUUGAAUCAACAAUCGGAGCUGUGUUCAUAGACAGCAAUGCUUCACUUGAUAAAACCUGGGAGAUAACAAAAGCACUGUUGGACCCAAUCAUUACUCCAGAAAUGCUCGAAACGAAUCCGGUGAAGAAGCUGAACGAAAUCUGCCAAAAGCACAAGCUCAAAGUACAGCUCAUAGAUCUGUGGGCACAAAACAGAACUUGUGAAGUUUUAGUUGGCAGCCAAUUUAGAGGGAGAGGGAAAUGCCUUCAAAAGAAAGAAGUUGCUUUGAAUAGAGCUGCAAACGAGGCCUACGAUGAACUGGUUCGAGUCCUUGGCUGUGCUAAGUCGUAGUCGUUUCGUGUUUUGCCUCGAUAAUUACUCCCCCCAGUAUUUGUCCAGUUUGACUUUUUCAAGUCAUGAUGAACUUUGAGCUUCAAUGAAACAAAAAUUGUAAUGUAUACUAGUAUACCCCAAUCUCCAUCACUCAAAUAAAAGGAAAACUUAGUCAGCAGUUGACUUUGACUUUUACAAAUGACGGUGAUGUCCUCGUUGCCACUCAUAUAC